AUGGGCAAUCUCAUUUGGCACAAUUGGGCUCGCUACGUAACUGUCGUAGCCAGUCUCUAUGCAAUUUGGGCAGGCUUUUGGGGGAUUUAUUUCCGCAAGUUUUUCUGGGACUUCAUUGGUGGGACUCUGCGUGAUCCUGGAGGACUCCAGCCCUCCCCGAAGGUGUCCUUUUUCAUCACUAUCAUUGUCAAGUUCCCAAUUAUCCAGAUAUCGACAAUACUUUCGGCGAUGACUCUUGUCGCCCUCGAAUAUCCACUGCCCAUGUUCAAGGGCACUGCCUUGCAUCGCAGCUUCAUUCUAAGAGUUGUGCUAUUAAUAUUGCAGGCAUUUAUAGCCGUGUUAUUUUAUCAAGGCACAAAUGCCACGUUAUAUUCGCUUAUCGGCGCGAUAGGUUAUACACGCGCCAUAGUUCUCGGGGAGACCAUGGAAGACGCGAAGAACAAUAGAGGAAAAGGCGGACAUGCCUAA